CUGAGAGUUACAUCCUAGCGAUGUGGCUCUCUUUAUUAUAUCGAAUACAAAAAUUAAAUUCUCAUGCGAUAGAAAUCAAAAAUAAGUCUUCAAAACUUAUCUUCGAUCGAAAAAUUAAUGUUCUCUCCUCCUCCCUUCAUUCUUCUACUGUUUCUGACUUUGCUCAAUUUCAUUUUGAACAGCUUGCAAUAAUUGUCGGGCCUAUAGUGAACUGUGGAUCAUUUCCCCAGGUACCGGCUUCCUAUAUUGCCUAACCCUCCACUUGGGUCUACUAUUUCUUCUUCUUCUUCUUCUUCUUCUUCUUCGUCUUUCCUUCAAUCUUUCUCCUUCUUCAUUCUGCAUGCCUCAUCUUCUUCAUUUGUUUUUUCAUACAUAUGAGGCUUAUAUACCUCAUGAUCUAUAGAUCUGAGGCUUAAACCUCUAUCUGCAAAUCUGCAAUUUAAACUUCACCGGAUCUUUUUGCUGCACGGAUCGAUUAUCGCCUCUAACUCCCGGCCGUCGGAAUUCUCCGGUACCGACCGAAACCAACCGUUUAUCUCGGUAAACCGAAGUUUCGGAUACCGGAAAGCUCGGUCCGGCUACGGUAAGAGAUUUAGGCAAGCCGAGAAGUUUCGGUUGAGGCAAAAACACUCGGUUUCCGAGCCGAAACCAGCCAGCCCUUUUCAAUAUAGUUGGGAUAUCAGAAAGUUCAAAGCUAGCGAUGGAUCCUCGUCUAUAUGAGGCAGUAACAUCCGGUGACGUUGAUGUCUUGAAGAUAACUAUCAGAGAUGAUGAUCUUCUCAAUCAGAGAACACCUAAAUACAACAACAUUCUUCACCUUGCUGCAAUGCCCUGCUGAAUUCAAACACAUAAACGUCUUCACGGAAGUACCACUAGAUGAUCAAUCUCCGCUGUUUUGGGCUGCCAACAAGUAUGGCGACACCCCUCUGCACGUUGCUGCAAGAGUGGUUGCAAUGAGGUAAUAACAUUCCUCAUUGAACACUCGAAGAAAACACUACAGGGUGAAGCAGCUGAAGUGGAAAGUGGACCAGCUGAUGCUGAAGCUUAUAAAGAGCUGCUUCGUGUUACUAAUUUGCGGAAGGAUACAGCAUCUCAUGUAGCUGUCCGAUUUGGUCACAGUGAAGUGGUGAAUUUGUUAAUGGCGGCUGGUCCCGAAAUGUGCUGUUUUACUAACAGAGUGAAGUCUCAUAUGUAUCAUCUGAACGAUCCCCAAAUGGUUUUCCACUAGUGUGAAGUGUCACUUUCUAGAAAGAAGAGUGACAUGCAUAAAACCAAAGCAAAUGUCCCGAAGGUUACUAUCCCAGAUUUUUGAAGAUAUCACCGUCUGUUGGAGUGUUGGGGUCUAAAGCCGUCAAUCACGUUGGUGUCUGUCUCCCACAUUUGUUGUCUUUUUUCUUUUGGACGUGUCCCACUUGUUGUCUGCCUCCCACUUUUGUUGUAGUGCUAUUUCUAAUGACCACUCAGUGACGCUUACAACUCCAUUACUUUCGCUGAAGGAGCCAGGAAACUGCUUUGCACAUGGCCAAACCGAGAGGCCUAAUAUAUAUAACAAGACAUAUAGUCCUUGACAGUAACAAUACCAUCCGAAAUUAUUUCAAUUCAGCCUCCUCACUCAUCCUCCUGCAAUCAAACAACAUGGAUAUGAGCAAACCUCAAUUUGAAGCCUCUUCCUCUUCCUCUUCUUCCCCCCAUUUGUUCACACAUGAUGUCUUUGUGAGUUUUAGAGGUGCUGAUACGCGCAACAAUUUCACAGGCCAUUUGUACAGCAAUUUGGUUAACAAGGGAAUUAACACUUUCCUAGAUGAUGAAGGGCUUCUGAAAGGAGAAGAUAUAUCACAAGAGCUUCUCAAAGUAAUUGAAGGAUCAAGGAUUUCCAUUGUUGUAUUCUCUACGAACUAUACAUCUUCAAAGUGGUGCUUGAAUGAACUUGUCAAGAUCUUUCAAUGUAAAGAAUCCAAGCAACAAAUCGUUUACCCAAUUUUCUACAAGGUAGAUCCAUCGAUGAUACGGUACCAGAAGGGCCAGGUUGGUGAGGCAAUUGCUCACCUUAGCAAAUACAAGGAUAACUUAGAGAAGGUGGCGAAUUGGAAGGCAGCUCUUAGAAAAGCAGCAACUUUGCUUGGAUGGCACAUCUCGGAUGGAGUGCAUGAAGCGAAUAUCAUUGAUGAAAUUGUUAAAGAGAUAUCAACCAAAAUAAUGAAAUGCAACCCUUUACAUGUGGCAACAUAUCCUGUUGGAAUAAAAUCUCGUGUAGAAGACAUACUUAAGCUCUUAAAUGUUGGGGAAUACGAUCCUAAUAUGAUAGGGAUAUGGGGAAUUGGUGGAAUAGGAAAAACAACACUUGCAAAAGCUGUUUACAAUUCAAUUAGCCAUAAGUUUGAACAUAACUGUUUCCUGGCAAAUGUUGGACAAGAAUCAUUUUCAUAUGGAGGUCUUGUCAAGCUACAAAACAAUUUUCUUUCUAAGAUUAUAGAGAGGAAUCCACCUAAUGUAACCAAUGUUGAUGAAGGAAUCACUGUGCUCAAGCAAAAACUAAGCCAGAAAAGGGUUCUGUUAGUUCUUGAUGAUGUGGACGACUUGGAUCAAUUAAGAAAACUUGCUGGAGGGUGUGAUUGGUUUGGUCCAAGAAGUAGAAUUAUCAUAACAACAAGAAAUACGAAGUGCCUAAGUGCUCAUCAAGUCAAUUCAAUAUAUGUGGUGAAGGAAUUAAAUGAUCAAGAAGCUUUAGAGCUCUUCAAUUUCAAUGCCUUCAAAAGAAAUAUAUGUUCGGAUGACUUCUUUGAACUUGCAAUUGAGGUAAUACAUUAUGCUAAAGGGAUUCCGUUAGUUUUGGAAGUUUUGGGGUCAGAUCUAUGUAGUAAAAAUGAUAAGGAUGAGUGGAAAGCUGCAGUAGAGUAUUACAACAGAUACCCUAACCAAGAUAUUCAACAAGUUCUCAAAAGAAGUUACAAGGCAUUGCCUGAUCUGAUGAAAGAAGUUUUUCUUCAGAUUGCAUGUUUCUUUAAAGGUGAUGAAAAUGUGAUGGAUGUACUACAAAGCUAUGAUGAGCAAUUGCGGACAGAAGAAUCAAAGACUAAAAGUGUGUGCCAGUGCCAGACCUCUUAUGCUACUUCAGCUCAGAACGGUCCAGGAUAUUGUUCCGAUGAGUCGAGAUGUAUACAGUGCACCAAGUGUAGAAAUUCUCAUAUAUGGGUGUGCACCAAUAGAAGUAAGACCAAGGCUCGAUGGUGUCAGGAUUGCCGCCAAUAUCAUCAAGCAAAGGAUGGAGAUGGAUGGGUCGAGUACAAAAGAUCCUUAGUCUUUGAUAGGCCUCAGAAGGCGGAAAUACCACGAGCUUUUGUUUGUGCUGAUAGCAAAAUCUUUGAUGUGUCGGAAUGGGCAGUUUGUCAGGGAAUGGCGUGUAGGCCCAACACCCAUCGGCCUAGUUUCCAUGUAAACAUGGUUGGUUUGGAGAAAACUCAAAGAUCCCACUCAAGUAGAUUCCCAUGGGAUUUGGAUGCUGAAAUGAUGGAUGAAGAUGAAGAAGAAUUUGAGGUGUGGCUUCAGCAAGCUCUGGCCUCAGGUAUCUUUUGUGAGUCCUCAAAACUUUGUGCUAAUUAACUCUCCAAGGUUGUGCCAGAAAAACAUCUGCACAUCCCAUAGAGAAAAGGAUUGGACUAUUCUGGAAGCAAAUAGUGAGGAUUGUCAAGAUAAAGAUUGGCAGCCUUGCUUACUUUGAGAGAGGUGGAUAGGUAUCAAAUUAAGAGAGGCAAAUGGCUUGGUAUCUUAUGAUAAAAAAUGGAUAGACCCUUUGUAUCACUACCCCAGGAUUUAGGACAUUACAGGCAUAAGAGCUCAGGUUUUGGUUGCUCUUCUUAAGCUUGUGUUCAAUCAAUUUUGGCAUAUAAUGCUUCCUACCCGAAUGAUGCAGCAGAGUCCACCAUCGACUGAGCCUCUUUGUACGUAUUCUUUUCUUAAUAAAAUUUCGUUCCAAGGUAGAAACCAGAAAAAAAGGUGUAGUUUGCUUGUAUAAGAGGGGGAUUUCAAUUUUUAUGAUUCCAUUCUAAAUAUUGUUCUUUCAAUCCAAUACAAACAAUUGUUUAUAAACA